GUAGCAACAACCAGCUUAUAAAAAUCAUUGAAUCAUGUUGAUGAGACAGGUCCUUCUGAGGAGACACAGACCUCUCUGCUCCUACAUGUUGAUGAGACAGGAACCUCUCUGCUCCUACAUGUUGAUGAGACAGGAAUCUCUCUGCACCUACAUGUUGAUGAGACAGGAACCUCUCUACUCCUACAUGUUGAUGAGACAGGAACCUCUCUGCUCCUACAUGUUGAUGAGACAGGAACCUCUCUGCUCCUACAUGUUGAUGAGACAGGAACCUCUCUGCUCCUACAUGUUGAUGAGACAGGAACCUCUCUGCUCCUACAUGUUGAUGAGACAGGAACCUCUCUACUCCUACAUGUUGAUGAGACAGGAACCUCUCUGCACCUACAUGUUGAUGAGACAGGAACCUCUCUGCUCCUACAUGUUGAUGAGACAGGAACCUCUCUACUCCUACAUGUUGAUGAGACAGGAACCUCUCUGCACCUACAUGUUGAUGAGACAGGAACCUCUCUGCUCCUACAUGUUGAUGAGACAGGAACCUCUCUGCUCCUACAUGUUGAUGAGACAGGAACCUCUCUGCUCCUACAUGUUGAUGAGACAGGAACCUCUCUACUCCUACAUGUUGAUGAGACAGGAACCUCUCUACUCCUACAUGUUGAUGAGACAGGAACCUCUCUGCUCCUACAUGUUGAUGAGACAGGUCCUUCUGAGGAGACACGGACCUCUCUGCUCCUACAUGUUGAUGAGACAGGAACCUCUCUGCUCCUACAUGUUGAUGAGACAGGAACCUCUCUACUCCUACAUGUUGAUGAGACAGGAACCUCUCUACUCCUACAUGUUGAUGAGACAGGAACCUCUCUGCUCCUACAUGUUGAUGAGACAGGAACCUCUCUUCUCCUACAUGUUGAUGAGACAGGAACCUCUCUGCUCCUACAUGUUGAUGAGACAGGAACCUCUCUACUCCUACAUGUUGAUGAGACAGGAACCUCUCUGCUCCUACAUGUUGAUGAGACAGGUCCUUCUGAGGAGACACGGACCUCUCUGCACCUGCACUCCUGCACAGAAAAAUAUCUUUCAUCACGGACCACCUCGUUAGAUCAUUGAGCUGAGCCAGAGACUGGGCUAUCUCUCUGCUAAAUCACAAUGUUUAUUAAAUCAUUGUGUCCAGAGUUGUUUAUCUCUCGUUAUCGCUCCCUGUUGGUAUGUGGUGGGGGGAGGAGAGGGAGAGUGCGGCUCUUUAACACUAAUGUGGGUAUAUCUCUGUUGUUUACAGUAGCCUGGGGAGGGAAGGAUGUUACAUGUAGGAAGCAGCCUGGGGAGGGAGGGAGGUAACACUGAAAGGCGAGAGGAAAGAAGUAGCACAUGCCACACCUCCCUGUCACUCAGUGGUCGCUAUGGAGCCUGCCGUGGUUGCCAUGGUGUUGUCGGGGAGGGGCAGUAGGAGAAUUUAAAGGAGACAGAAGAGUGACAUCAUACUCUCUGUCAGCUCCAGGGCUUUAUCAUUGACGUGAAGCGUUCAGAACGUUGCAGAUAGAAAUAGAUUAACUAGAGCUGGAACGACUCCCUGUUCUACAUAACAGACCUGACCAUGUUUGUUCUACACAAUACAUUUCUACAUCCUGAGAUGGUGGAGGCUGAUUUAAAAGACAUUCUCGCUCUCAAGGGGCUUUAUUGGCACGGGAAACAUGUUUACAAGUGAGAAAUAUUAAACAAAAGUGAGAAGGCAAAACAUCAACAACAAAAAAACUAUUUGAAUUUAACAGUAAACAUUGCACUCAAAAAGGUUUUUACAAAAAUAUCAACAUUUCAAAUAGUCCAUGUUUGAUUUUUCUUUUCCAAUUCUUUGUGUUUCUGUGUGAAAUAUGUAUCUGUAAUGUGGUUAUACAUUUAGCAUGAGGUCAGGAAGUGCAGCUCAGUCUCUCACUCUCAGGGCUCUGGCAGACAAAGAUCACGGACACUGCUGAUACUCUUAGACACACACAUUGUGUAAAUGGUGCUGUCACUACACACACAGACGACAUGUAUGCAUCGGGUGCAUGUUGUAUGGACCAGGUCACAGAGGUUAUAGUUCAGGGUUCAACCUCCUUUCUGUUUCUCCUUCACUCAACGACACUGUCAGGGUUUGUUUUUAUUUUGACUUCCUUUUUUCUUCCUUUUUUUAUAGAAAUGUUUUUUUUUAAUAGCUUUUUGUUACUCAAGACGAGAGGUUUUUAAAAGCAUAAAUUAAGGUGACGAUGUGUUUAUAGCGUUAAAGGUGGUGAUGUGUGUGUAUAGCGCUAACGGUGGUGAUGUGUGUUGUAGGCUGUUUCAGCAUGAUGGAAUCACAUGAAACUGUUUCAACACUGAGAUGAAGACCUACUGUUAACCGGUGAGCUGUAAUAAAAUAUUAACUGAA